UCAGCUGUUUGUUGUGCUGGCUGUGUGUUAGCCCUGCUCUGUGUCUUGCAGGCGUGGGCCCUGGAGACGGGUAAAUACCAGGAGGGCGUGGAUGAACCUGAGCCGGCCAAGUGGAAGGCGAACCUCCGCUGCGCUCUGAACAAGAGCCGAGAGUUUCAGCUGAAGUACGACGGCACCAAAGAGACUCCGGUUCAACCCUACAAGAUCUACGAGGUCUGUGAGCAGAGCGGGAACACAGAUGGAGCCGACGACGAUGACGAGGAGAUGCCCAACCUGAUGGACCUCACCAUCAACCCCAGGAUCGUCGGUGCCCCCCCCUCCUUUGGCUCCUUCCCAGCGCAUUCUGAGGCGGUGUUUGAACACAUGAUCCCCAUGACCUCCGACCUCCGGGCUCAGGGUCCGAUGGUGGUUCAGGGGAGCUUCGUCCACGCCGCAGGACUCUCCAACGGACUCCAGGACCUGAACUCUCUGCCCCCCCCGCCGGCAGCAUCCGCUCCCCCCGAGCCGGCACCGAUGGAGGCCAGCAGUAUGGGGGACGUCCAGAACCAGCAACCUUGCAAGUACGACCUGCUGAGCAGCGUCCCACUAACAGAUCUUGACCUGAGGUUCCAGUAUCGAGGCCGGUCGACCGGCUCUCUGACCGUCAGUAACCCUCAGGGCUGCCGGAUUUACUACGGACACCUGGAGCCGACUCCGGAGCAGGUGGACCUGUUUGGACCCGUCACCCUGCAGCAGGUCCUGUUCCCCGGGACGUCUGAGGUUCAGAACCAGAAGCAGAGGUUCUACACUGACGCCCUGCUGGACGUCAUGGACCGCGGGCUGAUCCUGGAGAUCUGGGAGCAAGACAUCUAUGCCGUCCGCCUCUGUCAGUGCAAAGUGUUCUGGUCCGGACCCGGCAUGCCCGAGCACGGUCCACCGAACCCCCUGGAGCGGGAGAAGAAGAUCAAGGUGUUCAGCCUCAACGACUUCCUGCAAGGGCUGAUCCUGUUCCAUAGAGGGGAAACUCAGAACCCUCCACCCUUCGAGAUCUAUUUCUGUUUCGGGGAGGACUGGCCCGACAAGAAACCCAAAGAGAAGAAGCUCAUCAUCGUCCAGGUUGUUCCCGUCGUGGCUCGGAUCCUGACAGAGAUGUUCUCUGGAGAACUCAGUUGGUCCACAGACAGCAUCCGGCUGCAGAUCUCAAACCCUGACGUGAAGGACCAGACGGUGGAGCAGUUCAAGGAGCUGCAGAGGCUCCUGCAGAGCCAACAUAUCCAGGGGCCCUGGACACCCGACAACGUCCCCUGAUCCACACACCCAGAGGUUGAACCACCCACCCGAUCCACACACCCAGAGGUUGAACCCCCCCCCCCCGACCCACACCCAGAGGUUGGACCCCUCGACGUCCCCUGAGUAAUGACUAUCAAACUACAGAACUUUUCACUUUGUCAGCUUAUCUCAGCUUUAGAAGAAGUGAAACUUUCCGUUGAUCAUCAGAACUGUGUCAAGUUAAAGGAAGUGUGUCUCACGUCUAAAGAGACUUCAUUCUGACUGAAGUAUCCGCUGUAAAAGAUCUAAAUCCUAAAUCAUGUCGUCUGCAGGUUUGUUUUUGAUAACUUCAUGUGACGCUUCAGUAUAUAGAAGUACUUUUAAUGAGACUUAAACUCUGAUCUGUCCUUU